AUGAUUGUUGUGGCUGGAAUUGGAAGUUUGUCCAAGGAGGAAGGGGUGGUGCAAAAGGGGAUAGAAGAAGAGGGAGGUGCAUACUAUGCCAACAUAAAGUUCAACAGAACUACUGAUCCAGACAUAAUAAUCAUCCCACGUUACAUCCGUAGAAGUCAAUUCUACAUAGGUGUAAUAAGUUCUCACGGUUCCAGCUAUACAAACAAGAAAUCCUGCGGCAAAAAGAAAUAUGACGAUGAGGCGUUGUCGUCGAGAAAUCUGUAA